UACCUUUUUGUCUGAUGGGGUAAUAAAGCAGAGAGUGGAGAUUCAAGGUCACUGCAAAUUGGCAUGAGUUGCAUAGGACUUUCAAUCGGACAGCUUCUUUCUCGCGCAGAAAAUCUUGCACAAGAAAUAACAAGCUUUCAGUUGUAUGAGAAACUUCGAGCACUUAUUGUGGUUUCGGGAUACUUUACUGAUGAAAAGAACUUCAAGAGAGAAGUUUUGAUUUGCACGGAAUCUACGAAGCUGUUAGAGAGUUUGCUCUUUUUCUUCGAUUUUAAUGCUUCCCGGCUGCCACUCAAAGCUUUGCACUUUCCAGGUCUGAAGAAUGAGAUGAAAGCGUACGAGAUCGAUAAGGUUACAUCAAGAAAAAUAGUUGAACAUCUCAUACAAGAGUUCGUUGGGAUACCAAAACCCUAGCUACCAAAUUACUUCUUUAUAACAAAACAAGAUUCUCUACAUUACAUUGCUCUUUUAUUAUCCAAACAGAACAGAAAGGGAAAAUUAACUUAUACUGCAGUGCAGCCACGAUGUUUUUACGUGCAAUGAUUACAUUAAAGAGAGGAAAAAAGCAGAACAGAAAUAACAGAAGAAAUGAAGAAAAAGGCCUUAUUGUUUAAUUGAGCUUGAACUUAUGCAG